AUGGAUCAGUCCAAUCAGCCCGUCCUAACCACUCCUUCGGAAAUGACGAUAACCGUUCCCUCAGUAAUCACUACUAACACUCACCCUCUCCCCGAAGUCAAGGUUGAUAUUGAGCAUAUGCCUGUUGAUGACGAUCCAAGGAAGUGGUCGGACCUUCGAAAGGGUUUUGUACUCCUUCAAGUUUCGUUUGGCACAAUGAUUGCAGGUUUAUCAGGCAGCAUUCAAAAUCCAUCCAUUGCGCAGAUGGAAGUGGAUCUCAAUGCUACCAGUUCCCAAAUCAGUUUGACUCUCGCGUUAUUCAUUCUCAUUCAAGGUUGCAUGCCUUUGAUGUGGAGCGCUAUCAGCGAGUUCAAAGGAAGGAAGGUCGUAUAUGUCUCCUCACUUUCGAUAUUUUUCGCCGCAUCUAUGGUGGUCGCAAGAAGCAGCACUAUCGAAUUAGUGAUUGGUUUCCGAUGCUUUCAAGCAGCAGGUUCGAGUGCUGUCAUGGCUAUUGGCGCUGCGACUCUGGCGGAUAUAUUCGAGCCCGAAGUGCGAGGCACCAAGAUGGGUAUCUAUUACAUGGCUCCACUUCUAGGUCCCUCGCUGGGACCGAUAUUAGGUGGCGCAUUGACCACAGGGUUUGGGUGGCGAGGACCUUUCUACUUCCUUGCGGCCACGGCAGGACUCGUAGCUCUGUCGUUUCUGUUCUUUUUCAAGGACACAUUUCGUCGUGAACGCAGUCUGGCAUAUCAGAAAGCGCUGAAGCACAGACUGCGUGAAGAAAUGCACAAAGACACGGAAGGGAAUCGGAAAUUAGUUUCGAGCAAUCGAGAGGAGCACAAGGAAGGCAAUACGACUGAAUGCGACAUCGAAAAACAAGAGGAGAUGCAGAAAAUAGCAAAGGAUGUGCUUCCUGUUGUGAAGAUCUCCUGGAAAGAUAUGAGUCCUGUGAAACCGCUUUGGCGCAUUUUUCGUCGGACAAAUAACUUUUGUAUUCUCUCCGCAUCCGGUCUCAUAUUUGCGUUCUGUUUUGUUGUCCCCUAUACGACUUCUCGAGCACUCGGAACGUAUUAUCACUACAGCGCCAUCAAAAUCGGCCUGGUUCUCUUGUCAUUUGGACUAGGAAACAUGGCCGGGAGCAUUCUUGGUGGCCGCUGGUCCGAUUAUCAACUGACGAAUUUGAAGAGUGCGAACGGAGGCAAAGGAUACCCAGAAAUGAGAUUGAGAAGCACGAUACAUGGUAGUAUCUUAUUUCCUCUCUUUGUUCUUGGAUUUGCCUGGGUCUCAGACAAACACGUUCACAUUGCUGCCACUGUCGUGAUGCUGUUCGCCUGCGGGUUUGCGGUGAUUUUUGUGUACACGAGCACCUUGGCAUACAUUGUUGACUCUAAUGUUGGUCAAUCGUCGACUGCUGUAGCAUUGAAUAGUGCAUUUAGAGGGAUUGCGGCGUGCAUUAUGAUUGAAGUUGCUGUUCCUAUGCAGGAUGGAUUGGGUGAAGGAUGGAUGUAUACUAUCUUUGCGGGCCUCAUGGUUAUUUGCGGGUUUCUCAUUCUCAUCGUGGCCCAUAAAGGUAAGGAGUGGCGGUUGGCGGCUGAGGAGCGUGAAAAGCAGUCUGAGGCAAAGCCGUAG